AUGCUGCGAGGAAAAGUUGAUCCGAAAAAGGAGGAGCAGGAGAGACUGCAAGGAUUUCUUCUGGAAAUGCUGAAAGAGGAGGAGAACAAGUAUUGUGCAGAUUGUCAAGCAAAGACUCCAAGAUGGGCAGCAUGGAACUUGGGAGUAUUUAUCUGCAUCCGCUGUGCUGGAAUCCACCGUAAUCUCGGAGUUCACAUUUCCAAAGUCAGAUCCGUUAAUCUGGACUCCUGGACACCGGAACAAGUGCAGACUAUGCGUGUGAUGGGAAACGAGAAAGCUCGACAAGUCUACGAACACGAUCUUCCUGCACAAUUCCGUCGUCCGACGAACGAUCAGCAAAUGGAACAGUUCAUUCGCAGCAAGUACGAACAGAAGCGAUACAUUCUUCGCGAUUUCGUUUACCCUCGAGUGGAUGCCAGUGAAUUGCCGAAGUCAUUGUCACAAGCUUCGAAGAAAAUCGGCACGCCAGUAGUGAGCAUCGCGACACGUGGAAGCUCAGCAAUCACAAGUAAUGGUCACGGUUCUUCAGCUUCAGCGGCACCAUCUCUACUCGAUUUUUCUGAUUCGUCUACCACUACUGCUCCCGCUAAGAAUUCGGUCAAUUUGUUUGAUGAUUUUGAAGGACUCAAUCUGAACAGCUCAUCCACACCAGCACCACCAGCUCCCGCUGCUGCUGUCAAUGACGAUUUUGAUGAUUUUGGCUCAUUUGUAUCUGCUAAUUCACAAGCUGCAGCGCGGAACGCUGGUCUUGGAGGCUUUGCCGAUUUUUCGUCGGCUCCGACUACUACUACUACUGCCACGACAGCAGUCCCAUCCUCUUCAGGACUCGACGAUUUGACGGCAUUGACGACGCCUUCAACCGAAAAUGGAGGAUCUGAAAAGAAGAAGACAAACGCUGACAUUCUUUCACUUUUCGGUCCUUCUGGAGGCUCUUCUGCCCCGAACGUGGUGGCUCCAGGUGGAUUUGCUGGAUUCGGACUGCAGGCAGCACCACAUCAAACACAACAAAAUGCUUUCGCGUCAUUUGGAGCUCCGCCGGUCCAACAGACACCUCAAUCGCACGAUAUGUUCGGUGGACUAUCAGGAAUCAAUUUUGGUGCUUCUGCUACUGCUCCAGUUCAAAUGACGAUGCAACACAAUCCUCCACAAAAUUUCGGCUCGUCGUUUGCACAAAUUCCUUCUUCUCAAUACCAAGGAUUUGGAGGAAUUAGCUCACCUUCAUCGUUCAGUGCGAAGCAGACUCCAACGUCUCCAACAAAUUCCUCACAGGGAUUCAGUAUUCCAAAUAAGUCGAAUGCCUUCGCGGAUCUGGCCCUUGGCAAGGUCAUGAAGACAAACUACGGACAAAGUGCGCUUCACUCUGCUCCAGCACCAUCGACAACCGGUAACCAGUCUAUUCCAAUGUCCACGUCUUCAUCAUUUGCCACAACAACAACAGCUGCCAACAAUGACCUGUUCGACAUGUUUGCUUCUGCACCUCCUCCGGUUCCUGUCACCGUCAACUCCUCAUCCGGUCUGGAUGACCUGCUAGGACUCUAG